AUGUUGCGCUCGAAAUUGGGUAUGCUGGCUAAAGUCACCCCAGUGGUCAAGCAUCCGAAAAAGCCGGAAAAGAAAAACAGUUGGAUGUUCAUGAUGUCCAAGUUCGUGUUCAAUUUGGCCGGAUACAACAGAUACGGAUUGUACAGCGACGACAUGUUAUAUCACGAAAGCCCCGUGGUGAAAGAGGCGCUUCGUCGAUUGCCUAAAGAAGUGCUCGACGCGAGAAAUUUUAGGAGCAUACGGGCGGCGCAAUUGGACUUUCUGAAAAUGAAUCUGCCCAAGGAGAAAUGGAUCACGUACGAGCAGGAUGUGAAUUAUCGCUAUCUGCAACCGUACAUAAUGGAAAUCAUAAUGGAGAAAGAGGAGGUCAACGAUUUCGGUUGCACCAAUUAUGCCGAGUGGCAUUGGCCUAACGAAGAGUUCAAAUAA